AUGACGUCUCUUCAACGUUUGUCGUUCGUUCCAUCUGUGAAUAACAUGUCUCACCAAAGACUUCACGACAGUGACGAAAAUUCUUCAGACGAUGACGAAAAUUCACCCUUAACCCAAGACUUAUAUGGUGGAAGUCAAAGGACUUUGGCAGAUACUAAAGCAUGGGACGUUUUUCGAGAUCUGCCUCCACGUAGUGACAGUGGAUCUAUGGCUAAUCAAGCAUGUCUCGAAUUUACUAUACGUGUGUUGAAAAUUCUAGCAUAUUUGACUACAUUCAUCGUCGUUCUAUGUUGUGGCGUUAUUUCCAAAAUUAGUAUGUUCUUCAUGACAUCUCAAAUCAGGGCCGAUCGUGUUGUCACAUUCUGCAAUAAGGACUUAAGUCGUGAUAAAUUUUACGUUGUCAACCUUCCAACGGAAGAACGUGUAGCGUGGAUAUGGUGUUUGCUAUUAGCAUUUAUCGUUCCAGAAAUUGGAACUUUAAUACGAUCAUUGAGAAUUUGUUUCUUUAAGUCGUGUAAAAGACCUCCUUUAUUCGAUUUUGUUUUUGUGCUUAUUAUGGAAACACUUCACGUUUUUGGCUUAGUUUUGUUUGUGUAUGUCGUACUUCCAAAUUUAGACGUCGUCAAAGGUGCUAUGCUUACCAAUUGUCUUUGUUUCGUACCAGCUUUACUCAAUUUAUUAUCAAGAACAACAAAGGGUUGUAAAACGAACUCGGAAAAGUCUGAAGUAUACGCCAAAGUCUUAAUGGAUGUAAUUGCUGUAGGAUCACAAGCCACUGGUUUCUUUUUAUGGCCUUUGUUACACCCGGAAAAGCAGAUGAAUAACCUUGCAAUCCCAAUUUCAGUAUUUUGUAUUUCUUGUGGUUACUGGGAAAAUUAUACAACCAAAAAUACAUUAUUCGGAUUUAUGAAGUUUGCUUAUCAUAUAAAAGACCGAAUGAGAAGAACACGUUAUUUCAUAUAUAUGCUUAUGUCUGUCUGGAAAAUGUUAUGUUUCUUUUGUUUCAUGUUAGUAGUUAUGUUCUUUAAGGGUGAAAAUGUUACUCAAAUUUUUUCAUUAGUCAACGCUGGAUUUUCACAACACAAGAUACAAGUUCUUGAGGUAAAUCAAGUAACACGAAGUGGAACAAUUUUACCAGACCUUGCUGAUAUAGUUACAACCGGAGAUUCAGUUGAAAUUGAUGCAGAAUAUGUAACUGCCCUACACGUACUUCUUUUACAAAUUAUUUCAGCAUAUCUUUGUUAUAUAUUCGGAAAAUUUGCUUGCAAAAUUAUGAUUCAAGGAUUCAGUUAUGCAUUUCCAGUAAAUCUAACAGUACCAGUCACCAUGUCUGUAUUGAUCAUCGCGUGUGGUUUACGUCACGAUGAUCCUUGUUUUUUCCAUAACUCUAUUCCAGAUUAUUUAUUUUUCGAUUCACCCGAUGUCAAUUUCUUAAAUAAUUUUAUCACUAAGGAACACGUAUGGGUAUGGCUAUUGUGGCUUCUAUCCCAAACUUGGGUAACGUUACAUAUUUGGACACCCAAGUGUGAACGUCUAGCGACCACUGAAAAGCUUUUCGCUAGACCAAUGUACGAUUCUUUAUUGAUAGAUCAAUCGUUAGGAAUGAACAGGAAAUUAAACGACGAAAAAGACGUAAAAACUGAAGACUUGGCUGAUCGAGAUAAAGAACCAGACGAAUAUUAUGAAACAAUAUCUGUGCAUACGGAUGUAAGCAGUACAGCCCCUAAGACUGUGAAAAAAUCUGACAGCAUUACUAGGAUUUACGCUUGUGCAACUAUGUGGCACGAAACGCACGAAGAAAUGAUGGAGAUGUUAAAGUCAAUCCUCCGAAUGGAUGAAGAUCAGUGUGCCCGUCGAGUGGCUCAGAAAUAUUUGCGAGUAGUGGAUCCAGACUAUUAUGAAUUUGAAACUCACAUAUUCAUGGAUGAUGGAUUCGAAAUCAGUGAUGAAAACGAUGAUUGGAGUCAGGUGAAUAGAUUCGUAAAGCUUUUAGUGAGUACAAUUGAUGAAGCAGCAACUCACGUACACGAAACAAAUAUACGUAUCAAACCACCAACUAAGUAUCCAGCUCCAUAUGGUGGCCGUUUAGUAUGGACAUUACCUGGAAAAACUAAACUCACCGUACACAUCAAAGACAAAUCCAAAAUCCGACACAGAAAACGUUGGAGUCAGGUUAUGUACAUGUACUACUUACUUGGCCAUCGAUUAAUGGAACUGCCGAUUUCCGUUGAACGGAAAGAAGUCAUUGCUGAAAACACGUUUUUAUUGACACUCGAUGGUGAUAUCGAUUUUCAACCACAUGCGGUCAGGUUAUUGAUAGAUUUAAUGAAAAAGAAUAAAAAUUUGGGAGCUGCUUGUGGGAGAAUCCAUCCAAUUGGAGGAGGUCCAUUGGCGUGGUAUCAAGUUUUUGAAUAUGCGAUUGGUCAUUGGCUCCAAAAGGCUACUGAGCACAUGAUCGGUUGCGUUCUUUGUAGUCCAGGAUGUUUCUCACUGUUUAGAGGCAAAGCUCUUAUGGACGAUAACGUAAUGAAAAGAUAUACGUUAAAAUCUGAUGAAGCUAGACAUUACGUACAAUAUGAUCAAGGCGAAGACAGAUGGCUGUGUACAUUGUUAUUACAAAGAGGAUAUCGAGUAGAAUAUUCAGCUGCUAGUGACGCGUAUACUCAUUGCCCAGAAAGCUUCAAUGAGUUUUAUAAUCAGCGAAGAAGAUGGGUGCCGUCGACAAUGGCGAACAUCAUGGACUUGCUUAUGGAUUACAAAAAAACAAUUAAAAUAAACGAUAACAUUUCAAUGCCUUACAUCAGCUAUCAUAUCAUGUUGAUGGGAGGUACCAUUUUAGGGCCAGGAACUAUAUUCCUCAUGUUGGUGGGAGCCUUUGUGGCUGUAUUUCAUAUUGACAAUUGGACUAGUUUCUAUUACAAUAUUAUACCGAUAGUAUUGUUUGUUUUUGUAUGCUUCACAUGUAAAUCAAAUAUACAGUUAUUAUUGGCACAAAUUUUAUCAGCUCUGUACGCAUUAGUAAUGAUGGCCGUUAUUGUCGGUACGGCUCUACAGCUGGGCGAGGACGGUAUCGGAUCGCCAUCUGCAAUAUUUUUAAUUGCCAUGAUGAGUUCGUUUAUAAUAGCAGCACUUCUCCAUCCGCAAGAGUUUUCUUGUAUUAUAUAUUUUGGUAUAUAUUGGCUAUCCAUUCCAUCUAUGUAUUUGCUUUUAAUAUUAUACUCCAUUAUCAAUCUCAACAUUGUAACAUGGGGUACGAGAGAGGUUCAAGUAAAAAGAACUAAAAAAGAAAUGGAAGCAGAAAAAAAAGCCGCUGAAGAAUCGGAAAAAAAAAAUAAACAAAAGUCAAUGCUUGGAUUUUUGCAAAAUUGGGACCCUAAUGAGGACAAUGAAGAGGGCUCGUUUGAAUUGUCGUUCGCUGGACUUUUUAAAUGUAUGUUUUGCACUUAUCAGAAACCCGUAAACGAAGGUCAACAGUUAGUUAGGAUAGCCGAUUCAUUAGAAGGUUUAGGUAAACGGAUAGAUCAUAUCGAAAAGGUUGUGAUCGAUCCAACAUCGGUGAACCGUAAGAGAAACGCUUCAACAAGUAGCGCUCCACAUCAAAUUGUUCUAGAUCCGGUCCAAGAAGAAACUUCCCAAAACGAACACUCGGAUACAGAGACUGACGAAGAAUCUUUAGAACCCAAAGUAGAACGUAACGACGAUAUCAAUCCUUUUUGGAUUGAAGACAAAUCUCUGCGAAAGGGUCCGGUGGCGUUUUUAUCCACAGCUGAGCAACAGUUUUGGCGGGAUCUGAUCGAUAAAUAUUUAUAUCCGAUCGAUGAAGAUAAAAAUGAAAAGGCUCGAAUUGCAGCAGACUUGAUCGAAUUGAGAAACAAAUCUGUUUUCUCAUUUUUCAUGAUCAAUGCUCUGUUCGUACUCAUCGUUUUUUUGCUUCAAUUGAACAAAGAUAAACUUCAUUUAGACUGGCCAAUAGGCGUCAAGACAAAUAUUACAACUAUUGCAGAGACGUCUGAAAUCAUUAUUAGUAAAGAGUACUUGCACUUAGAACCCAUUGGUUUGGUGUUCGUGUUCUUCUUCGCAUUUAUCAUUAUAGUUCAGUUUACCGCCAUGUUGUUCCAUCGCUUCGGUACUCUGUCUCACAUACUUGCCUCAACGGAUUUAAACUUGUGUUGCAACAAAAAGACUGAAGAUUUGACCCACGACGGUCUACUAGACAAACAAGCAGUCGUCAUCGUCAAGCACCUCCAACGUUUGAGGGGUAUCAAUGGUGAUUACGAUAAUGAGUCAGGAUCCAGUGGUGAUAAUGCCGUGGGCCGGCGUCGAACAAUUUACAACCUAGAAAAACAACGACAAAAGACCCGAACAAUUGGCACACUGGAUGUAGCUUUCCGCAAAAGAUUCUUGCAGAUGAAAAUGGGAGAGGAUGAAGAUGAACCACAAGGUGGCACACCGGUGUUGGGCCGGAAACUCACGAUGGGUAAAGAAGUUCGGCAGGCGCUUGAGGUGAGAAGACGGUCCAUGCAGGCGGAGAGGCGUAAGUCUCAGAUGCAAACGUUAGGCGCAAGCAACGCGUUCAACCAGACGCAGCGGCAAUCGAACGCAGGAAUUAGCGUCAAGGACAUAUUCAAGGGUAGCCAAAAUCUGGCAUACGAGCGCGACGACGGUGACGGAGAUGACCGGCUGCCCAUGCACGCCAUCAACUGAAUCGUAACGCGAUCCUAAGUGACAGCGGAUAAAAGGGGGAAUGAGCCAGACAGACGGAGGUAAAAAACGAUUCCCCACGGAGCGUUUCUAGUCAAAAAAACAAAUCACAACACGAAGCGUGAUAAUCGUAUAUCGUCUAUAAAAAAUAUAGUAAUAUUAUUUGUAUUUUUUUUAUCCGUCACUUUUUCCUCUUGUUUUUUGAGCUAUUCGAGCCGGUGCAUCACAGUUGAAAGCCUAAGUUGAAAACGAAUUUCGACUCCAAACUGCCUAUAUCUAGCUAUUUUUAUAUGUUGGCCCUUACGCGGCCUGGACGAGUUUCUAAAAAUAACUCGUCAAUGUGAUAUAUAUACUUGAAUUACUUAAUUUUUUUAAUUAUAUAAAUGCGUUUUUUGUAUACUUUACCAUGACAUAAAAUUUACCUAUGUUGUACACAAUAAACUAUUGCUCAUUUUAAACUACA